GCAUUUGCAAUGGGCGAUCCGCGCAUGCUCAUCUACCCGAUUGAUGGCGAUGGCAAGUUGUGUGGAGUUGCUGAGAACAGCGGCAAACCUCUCCUCUUUUAUUUUGACUUCCUCAAGUGCAUAUCCUUCUCAUCGACGCCUGUCAACGUUCUCAAAAUAAAAAAUUUGAACGAACAGAUCUGCGUGAAAGAAUGUCCCUCUACGUUUUGGAACGCUUGGACAGAGUUAUAUUUUGUGGUGAUCAAUUCUUUAAGAAUUCAUUUUAUUUCCAUAAUACCUUCAUUUAUUAAAAUAAUUUUACAGCAAAAUUAUAUUAACAAAGGCCUGUGCGCUCCGUACUACAUGCCAACCAAACCACUCGUGUACAGGUGCCUGCCGCCCGUCCUGAACAUUGUUGAUGGCAUCGUACGAAACAACGCCAGCGAACCUCUGGUGGAUUCAAACAACGUAUCAAUCAAAGGUGGCGAUCUAUCGAGUGGCCUGAUCAAACUGCAAGGUUACGGAGUGAAAAUAUUGUCCGACGUUACGACAACUUGGUGGCUCAUACUUCUUUUUGUGUUGUUGGCGAUGGCUUUGUCGUUGGUCUGGAUUGUGUUGAUGAGGUGGAUUGCAGGGGUCAUCAUCUGGCUCUCCAUCGUCAUCUUCAUCGCAUUCUUCGUCGCUGUGAUUUGGUACAGCUUUCAAACGUACGUGGAUCUUAAAAAUCGAAACAGCACCAACACGUUCAUCCUCACCACUGACAUGCAAUACUAUGCCAAUCUCAAAGAAACCUGGCUGGCUGUCGGCAUCAUCGCUUGCAUCCUGCUCUUCAUCGUCCUUCUCGUCCUCCUCUUCCUAAUCAAGAGAAUCAGAAUUGCCAUCGCCCUCAUCAAAGAAGCCAGCAAAGCGAUCUCGAACAUGAUGUUCACGUUGUUGUGGCCGCUCAUCCCCUUCCUCAUGCAGAUCAUCGUUCUCGUGUACUGGGGGGGCUCAGCCAUCUGCCUGGCUGCCGUCACGCGGACGCAGAAGUGCACGUUGGAUGAGGUCAACAAGACGGAGUAUGAUGAUCUCAGAUGCAAGAUGAGGUCCUUCCUGCAGAACAUCGAAUGUCCCGCGGUUCAUAUUCUAUUUUUAAUUCGCGUAUUAACACCUCAAACAAUUUUUCUAAUUUCAAACAGCCGUUACACGUUGGCUCUGCAAGCCUUCCAACUCUUCGUCUGGUUCUGGCUUCUGAACUUCAUCAUUGCUCUCAGCCAAGUAACGCUGGCAGGUGCAUUUGCAUCAUAUUACUGGACCUUUGAUAAGAAGAAUGAUCUGCCGAUGUUCCCUGUUACUGGGGCCUUCUAUCGAUCUGUUAGGUAUCACAUGGGCUCGAUGGCGUUCGGAUCUCUACUCAUAGCCAUCGUCCAAAUUAUUGUCGUCAUUUUAGAAUAUUUAGACCACAAGCUCAAGGGCAGGUCCCAUAUUGUAGCAAGAUUUGUUCUUAAGUGUUGCAUAUGUUGUUUCUGGUGUCUUGAAAAGUUCCUCAAAUUUCUCAACAAAAAUGCCUACAUUAUGAUAGCAAUUCACGGCAAAAAUUUCUGUUCAUCGGCCUUUAGAGCCUUCCGCUUGAUCAUGGCCAACGCCAUAAGAGUGUUUGUGGUGGAUAAAUUGACGGAUGUUCUCCUACUCGUCAACAAACUUUUCAUUGUUGGAUCAGUUGGUUUGUUCGCAUUUUUCACUUUCUCCAGACGCAUUCCAGGCAGCGAAAAAUUGUUCCCGGACAGCGAACUCAACUACUACCUGAUACCAAUUUUGAUCGUGGUGUGCUGUGCGUACAUUGUUGCCUCGUUGUUCUUCGGUGUGUACGACAUGGGGGUGGAUACGCUCUUCCUCUGCUUCCUUGAAGAUCUCGAACGGAAUGAUGGCAGCGAGGCCAAACCAUACUUCAUGUGCCAAAGUCUGAUGCAAAUUUUGGGCAAGAAGAACAAGGAGGUAGCAGCGGUUAAGAAGGAAGACCACACGGCAUGAUUGACUUAUAAAAUAUCUUAAAAUCUUCAAAACAUUCGUUACCUUCUAGCUUAUUAUUUCACGAAUAAUAAUAAUAAUAAUUCGUGAGCAAUAAUAAGUUGAUGUACGUUUAAAUAUUUCAAUACGCGCGCAUAUUUGAUCUGACACGACGAUGUGACAUUUGAAACAUUUUAUUGGCUGGAACGUGACACACAUCCACUCAAACUGACGACAACUCCCGAUAUAUCAAUCUCCUUCUUUCCAACUUUAUACAUUUCAACUCGUCUGCUCUUCAUUGGCUCAGUCACAGUCUCCGAAUUUGAGACUAAUUCGUGAAAGUGAUAACAUUUUGCUAUAUAAUUACGGCCUAUAAAUGUUCCUUUAAAAACAAUGUGAUAUAAAUAUUUUUUGCUAUAAAUGUAUUAUUAUAUAUAUUUAUUACAUUCAUUCGUGCAAUAUAUUUCAAUAUGUAUAUAUAUAUAUAUAUAUAUGAAAAUUUAUUUUACGGAUGCAUGUAACAAAGUUGUCUGGCUCCCUACCAUCAUGUCAUUAGCGAUGUUAUGUUAUUUUUUACAUUUGUAUGAAAUUUUUGUAAAUAAAAAUACUUUGAUUUACAAACAUUUUAAAUGCUCCACUGCGUCGUAAUUCUUGUAAAAGUUUUUUCUUAUCUAGUUUUUCCCCAAUUUUGAAUGUAAAUUUAUUGAAAAGUUGAUCUUGGUCUGUUUUUAAUUUUAUGUUCAAUCAUUUUUCGUUUUUUGUAAAUUUUCCAUUGUUAUAGUCAUCUUCAAAAAUGUUUCAGCUCCCAUUGUAGCAAACUAUCUGGACUUUUCUUUCUUCUCGUCCUCUCCAGUUAUGAAAUUAUUUUUAGAACAGUCCAUUUCCACUUCAAUAUGUUGCUGGUGACUGGUUUAUAUUCACGAAUGUAUAUUUUCAGUUAUCCUAAAUAUUUAAUGUCCGAAUGAGACCGAUUCUUCAUCUCAGUAUGUCUGCUGGACGCUCCGAUCUAAGCUUAAUAUGUUGGUGUGGUCUAUGGCUGGUGAUGAAGACAUUCAGCUGUUCAGUUCUUUUUAACAAGGCUUUUCAUAUAUUUCUAACGAGAUACAAUCAUCCUUGCUGAUGAUGCCAAGUAUUUAUUUAUAUGAUUUUUUUUGAAAGCUGUUGCACGCUGAAAUAACAAGCCUCUCUUCAUUCAAUCACUCAAUCUUCUCAAUCUUCUUGCCAGAUAUGCUUACCACAUAUACUGAUUCAGUUGAACUGUUCACUACAGCGUAAGUUGCUGGAUCCAAUCGAGUUCUCUACUUCACUUCAUCAUAAGAUAGAGACAGACGCAGACAGUGCCUAUGACUAAAAUAGUUUCUGAAUACCGUCCAAUUAUAUUUUAACCAGAUGUCAUUAGAUUUUUACAAAAUUAAUUUUCUGUUUCAUGCAUGUAAUUAAAUUUUAUUUUAUUCUAUAUCAGUUGUAUUUUUUAGCGUUGAAAAUAAAAAAAAAACC